CCCAGACUCAGAGCUACUCUCCAAGAUUUGCAGAGACAGUAGCGGCACCUUCUUGAUCUCAAAAGCGGCAAAUUUUUGAGAGGCCAAAAUGGAGGAAUUAACAUCAGCUUUGAAUUCUCAUAUGGACCAAAUGGCAGAUCUCGUUGAGAAAUUCAGUGCAGAGAUGAGGUCCAGUCUUAGACCCGCCUAUGACAACUUCAUGGGCUUCUUCCACGCCAUUGACUGGACGGAACCUUGGUUGAUAUGUCUUCUUUCAUUUCAUGCCAUGUUUCUUCUUGUAUCAUUUGUCUCUCGGAGGAACAUCAAUUUCCAGAUGUUUUUGUUCCUUCUUGCACUUGGAGGAGUGUAUAGUGCUGAAAGGCUUAAUGGCUUAUUAGCUGCAAACUGGAAAAGCUUUGCGCGCCAGAAUUACUUCGAUUCACAUGGCAUUUUUCUUUCCACACUUUGGUCUGGGCCUCUGUUGGUUAUUGCGAUAAUAAUCUUGGUUAAUACCCUCUUUUCACUAUGUUACCUGAUUGUAAGGUGGAAAAAAGCCGAGCUUAGACACCGGGCCAGACUAGCUCGUAACAAGGAGGAUUAACAAACAUAUUGCUGCUCUGCUACGACUGGAGCAUAGGGUGGGCUCCUGGAAUGCGGAUUAUGCAAAGACUUACUCCAUUAUCUCCCUACACAAGAUUAGUGAAGAGAAUACCUUAGCUUGGACCGGGAGCACGAAGCACGUGUUACGUUAAACUUCUCCCUAUUUAAAUGUGUUUUCAUAAUUUGGUUUCAAAAAUUUUCCCUUUGUAGAGGUGAAAUCAGCAUAGCCUUUCUUGCUUUUAUACUCCAUCUGAGAAUCUGAGAGACGCUGUCCGUCUUUUAUUUAUCUUGCAGUUCUAGAUCUUGGAAUUUCUUAUUUCAUGAUUAAUGCAACUUUGUCCUCAGAUAAACUUGCCUGUGAAACAGGAAGCUGAAGAAGCGAGAAAAAUUAACACUUGAAUUUCCCUUAGAAUUACAAGAAAUAUUGGAAUUA